AUGGCGUCGGUACGGUUCACGGUGACGCCCACGAAGGCCGAGGACCUCCCGGGACUGUCGGACACCUCGCCGGACAUCAGUUCCCGGUCCAGCGGCCGCGGCCACGUACGUUUUGGCUCGCGGGAGAGCGUGAACCGCAGUGAACCACUAAGCGAGGGGUCGGGAGGGCUCACCACAACUGGCGAAAACGAGACGCUCGACCGGACCAACACAGAGCAAGGUGACACAUCACUUCUUGUGUGUGUGUGUGUGCAACAAGUUGACAACUUCGGGUUAUUAAUGGGUCGUGUUCAUUAGGCACCAAACAUAAAAAAAACAACUACUGAAACAGCGAUUGACUAUCUGGGCUUGUCUAAUAGCAACCCUCAUUUUCGUUUUCAAUUGCAAAAAGUGUCCCAUUGCAUGCCCUAAUGAACAUGACCCUGUUUUGGACCGUUAGCCUAAUUGCUCAACUGUUUGUGAUGUCGCCCACUAGUGGCAGGGUACUGUCAAUCAUUCUUCUUGACAGAAUCAGUGUCUAUUACAAUAAUGGUCUCACUGUUAAUAAGCAAUUACUGGCUCCAGAAAUAGUCUCAGCUGGGUUAUCUCAUUGGUGAUGCUUUGGUUAUUUAUAUCAAGAAAGGAGGAAAAGUAACACAACAAAUUGAACAGGAAAUGUACUUGCACAGGCUGAUCUACAGAAGCAGGCACACGCACACAUUUUAAAUAUUUUAUUUGAAUCCACAAAUCAUAAUUCAUACAAUAAGGAUUGUAACAUUUCAGGGCAGGGAUAUGUGGGAAACGGAAAGCACCUUCUUCUCCACACAGCAAGGCUGCCCAUGACUGCUGACACGGAGCAGUACCUGCUUCACCUUGGUCUUAUGUAGGCCUGCAAUCUGAAGGCCAGAUACUGUCAGCCUGUGAACAUGGCAGAGACUCCCCAAUAUAACCACAGCAAGCUUUCACUGAUAGCCAAGGCUGUCCAGGUGUGUCACGAGGGGCUGGUGUGUAAGCUUGUCAGAAAAGGCCUGCUCCAUGUUGCAGUCAAAUGAGCAGCCCACCUCCAAAAUCAGCACGUCUCUCUGGCCUCCCCCCGAACAACAACAAUAUUUGGCUUAUUCGGCAUACAAGAAAACACAUCAUCGUCAAACCAGGCUCCUCUGACAAGAGAAUGUUUGUGUAUGUGUGCUGGUGGUGAGAACACCUGUCUCACCUCAGUAGCUACCACGUCGACAAGGCAGUCAUGUCUUGCAAUGUACACGGCUUUGUAUGAAUGGCAACCAUUAACAACAUGUGCAACAGACUCCAUUACAUUUAAUUUGGGGUGUAAAACACAGAACGGAUCAUGGUUUGCAGGGUACCAGAGUGUUAGGUUGUGUUUUGUGGGUAGAACUUACAGCCUCGCCUUAACAGUAAAGGUAAGAAUGUCCUCGCCAAUGGCAGUAUUCUGGUACAUGGAAUGGGAGACAGAGUGGACAGCACAGUCCAGAGCAGCACGUUUCCCCUGCAGCCUCAGGCCAGUCCAGAGGUGCUGUAGCUGCAUCUGUCUGAUACAGAGUGUUGACCUGGAUGUAGGAUGAGAUGUUCCGUCAUGGGUGACCGAAGCCUCCACGACAACCCAACUGCAUCACAGGCAGUCACUGUCUCAGUCUGCGUCAGUGGAGGCUGCUGAGGGGAGGACGGCUCAUAAUAAUGGCUGGAACGGAGCCAAUGGAAUGGCAUCAAACACACGGAAACCAUGUGUUUGAUGUAUUGGAUACCAUUCCACUGAUGAAGUUGACAGCACUCCAUGGGCAGUCUGUUUAUAUACCAACCCUGAGUGGGAUUGGUUCGUUUAGCUGCUUCCCACAGGAAACUUGGAGAAAAGAGCCUUUGUACACAUCAGAUAUAAUGUCUACAUAAGCCAAUUGUAUUUCCUCAGGUGCAUUGAUCAUUACACUGUGAUAAAGUAACAAAGGCAUCUCUAAAGUCCUAAACUUUGUGGAUUCAUGCUUGAAGCCAUCGAUUCCAAAUGCUCAUUCAUGCCCUGUCUGUCUAUAUACACUACCUGACCAAAAGUAUGUGGACACCUGCUCGUCGAACGUCUCAUUCCAAAAUCAUCGGCAUUAAUAUGGAGUUGGUCCCCUAUUUGCUGCUAUAACAGCCUCCACUCUUCUGGGAGCAUUAGGUCGGGCACUGAUGUUGGGCGAUUGGGCCUGGCUCGCAGUCGGCGUUCCAAUUCAUCCUAAAGGUGUUCGAUGGAGUUGAGGUCAGGGCUCUGUGCAGGCCAGUCGAGUUCUUCCACACCGAUCUCGACAAACCAUUUCUGUAUGGACCUCGCUUUGUACACAGGGGCAUUGUCAUGCUGAAACAGGAAAGGGCUUUCCCCAAACUGUUGCCACAAAGUUGGAAGCACAGAAUUGGCUAAAAUGUAAUUGUAUGCUGUAGCAUUAAGAUUUCCCUUCACUGGAACUAAGGGGCCUAGCCCGAACCAUGAAAAACAGCCCCAGACCAUUAUUCCUCCUCCACCAAACUUUACAGUUGGCACAAUGCAUUUGGGCAGGUAGCGUUCCCCUGGCAUCCGCCAAACCCGGAUUCGUCUGUCGGACUGCCAGAUGGUGAAGCGUGAUUCAUUACUUCAGAGAAUGUGUUUCCACUGCUCCAGAGUCCAAUGGUGGCGAGCUUUACACCACUCCAGCCGUUGCUUGGCAUUGUGCAUGGUGAUCUUAGGCUUGUGUGCUCGGUAGUUCCAAACUACGCGCUUCAGAACUCGCCGGUCCUGUUUUGUGAGCUUGUGUGGCCUACCACUUGCUCCUAGACGUUUCCACUUCACAAUAACAACACUUACAGUUGAACGGGGCAGCUCUAGCAGGGCAGAAAUUUGACGAACUGACUUGUUGGUAAGGUGGCAUCCUUUGACUGUGCCACGUUGAAAGUCACUGAGCUCUUAAAUAAAGCCAUUCUACUGCCAAUGUUUGUCUAUGGAGAUUGCAUGACUGUGUGCUCGAUUUUAUACACCUGUCAGCAACGGGUGUGGCUGAAAUGGCCAAAUCCACUAAUUUGAAGGGGUGUCCACAUACUUUUGUAUAUAUGCCUGUUGUUUGGGAGAGAAAAUGCCUGUAUCUACGAGCCAUGGUGUGUGGGUGAGCAAGCAUUUCAUUAACACUUUAUAGACAGAGGGUGAUGCUUUGGUUAUUUAUAUCAAGAAAGGAGAAAAGAAACAUAACAAAUCAAUCAGGAAUUGACUUGCUGAUCUACAGAAGCACACCGACACACACACACCCGACACACACACACCGACACACACACACAGCUGAGACGAUGCGGUGUACUGACUGAGCAGCCCUAACAGACAAAAGCAGUGGGGAGAGAGAGGCAGCUGUGUCAUUUCAAGGAAGGUCAAGCGCGUGCAGAGAUCGUUAUUUUUAGUCCGUCUUGCCCACAAAGCAGUAAUAGAAAUUUGACAGACUCGCAACAUGGAUUCAUUCACAUCACACAUUUUACCUCCAGACAUCAGACACACGCACAUGCAGGGUUACGCACACACACACACACACACACACACACACACACACACACACACACACACACACACACACACACACACACCUCAGGUGAGCACUAUCUGGAGAGAGACCCCUUCCCAGGGGUACACACACACACAAAGAGUCUGUGCUUGUUGAAGUGUGAUAAACUGAGGUAUCAGGUAGAGGAGAGGUGUGUGUGUGUGUGCAGGGUGGUGCUGCCGGGGUGCGGCGGGGGAAGCCCGGAGGGGGCCUCUUUGGACUCAGAGAUUUUUUGGCGUUUUUGAACACCAUAUAUAUAUAUGUUUUAGUCCACAGGGUGGUGCAGCACCUCUCUUCCAUUCUUUGGGGAGAACCCUUUGUGUGUGUGUGUGUGUGUGUGUGUGUGUGUGUGUGUGUGUGUGGGAGAGUAGGAAAGGUUAGUUCUUCAGUCACCACCACAGGCUGUUCUUAUCACCUUUGACUUGACCCUCCCCAGCCGAUAAGGCUACCUUUGUGUGUGUUUGCUGGGGAGGGUGUGUUUGCUGGGGCGGUUGUGUUUGCUGGGGAGGGUGCGUUUGCUGGGGAGGGUGCGUUUCAAAAUGUGAAUGUUUCUUGGGAAAUGUACACUGAGUGUACAAAACAUUAGGAACACCUGCUCUUUCCAUGACAGACUGACCAGGUGAAAGCUAUGAUCCGUUAUUGAUGUCACUUGUUAAAUCCACUUCAAUCAGUGUAGAUGAAGGGGAGGAGACAGGUUAAAGAAGGAUUUUUAAGCCUUGAGACAUGGAUUGUGUAUGUGUGCCAUUCAAAGGGUGAAUGGGCAAAAAAAAAUAUUUAAGUGCCUUUGAACGGGGUAUGGUAGUAGGUGCCAGGCGCACGGUUUUUGUCAAGAACUGCAACGCUGCUGAGUUUUUCAUGCUCAACAGUUUCCAGUGUGAAUCAAGAAUGGUCCACCACCCAAAGGACAUCCAGCCAACAUGACACAACUGUAUUUGUAUUUAUUAGGGAUCACCAUUAGCUGCCAAGGCAGCAGCUACUCUUGUUGGGGUCCAAACAUAUUAAAACACUUACAUUACAUAUAAAACAAAAUAUAAAUAUAAAUAACAUUAUUACACCACUACCUACAGUGAGGGGAAAAAAGUAUUUGAUCCCCUGCUGAUUUUGUACGUUUGCCCACUGACAAAGGCAUGAUCAGUCUAUAAUUUUAAUGUUAGGUUUAUUUGAACAGUGAGAGACAGAAUAACAACAACAAAAUGAAAAUAAAAACGCAUGUCAAAAAUGUUAUAAAUUGAUUUGCAUUUUAAUGAGGGAAAUAAGUAUUUUACCCCUCUGCAAAACAUGACUUAGUACUGGUGGCAAAACCCUUGUUGGCAAUCAGAGGUCAGACGUUUCUUGUAGUUGGCCACCAGGUUUGCACACAUCUCAGGAGGGAUUUUGUCCCACUCCUCUUUGCAGAUUUUCUCCAAGUCAUUAAGGUUUCAAGGCUGACGUUUGGCAACUCGAACCUUCAGCUCCCUCCACAGAUUUUCUAUGGGAUUAUGGUCUGGAGACUGGCUAGGCCACUCCAGGACCUUAAUGUGCUUCUUCUUGAGCCACUCCUUUGUUGCCUUGGGCGUAUGUUUUGGGUCAUUGUCAUGCUGGAAUACCCAUCCACGACCCAUUUUCAAUGCCCUGGCUGAGGGAAGGAGGUUCUCACCCAAGAUUUGACGGUACAUGUCGCCGUCCAUCGUCCCUUUGAUGCGGUGAAGUUGUCCUGUCCCCUUAGCAGAAAAACACCCCAAAGCAUAAUGUUUCCACCUCCAUGUUUGACGGUGGGGAUGGUGUUCUUGGGGUCAUAGGCAGCAUUCCUCCUCCUCCAAACACGGCAAGUUGAAUUGAUGCCAAAGAGCUCGAUUUUGGUCUCAUCUGACCACAACACUUUCACCCAGUUCUCCUCUGAAUCAUUCAGAUGUUCAUUGGCAAACUUCAGACGCCUGUAUAUGUGCUUUCUUGAGCAGGGGGACCUUGCGGGCGCUGCAGGAUUUCAGUCCUUCACGGCGUAGUGUGUUACCAAUUGUUUUCUUGGUGACUAUGGUCCCAGCUACCUUGAGAUCAUUGACAAGAUCCUCCCGCGUAGUUCUGGCCUGACUCCUCACCGUUCUCAUGAUCAUUGCAACUCCACGAGGUGAAAUCUUGCAUGGAGCCCCAGGCAGAGGGAGAUUGACAGUUAUUUUGUGUUUCUUCCAUUUGCGAAUGAUCACACCAACUGUUGUCACCUUCUCACCAAGCUGCUUGGCGAUGGUCUUGUAGCCCAUUCCAGCCUUGUGUAGGUCUACAAUCUUGUCCCUGACAUCCUUGGAGAGCUCUUUGGUCUUGGCCAUGGUGGAGAGUUUGGAAUCUGAUUGAUUGAUUGCUUCUGUGGACAGGUGUCUUUUAUACAGGUAACAAGCUGAGAUUAAGACCACUCUGUUUAAGAGUGUGCUCCUAAUCUCAGCUCGUUACCUGUAUAAAAGACACCUGGGAGCCAGAAAUCUUUCUGAUUGAGAGGGGGUCAAAUACUUAUUUCCCUCAUUAAAAUGCUAAUCAAUUUAUAAGAUUUUUAACAUGCGUUUUUCUGUAUUUUUCUGUUGUUUUUCUGUCUCUCACUGUUCAAAUGUAUUUUUUUUCUCACCUUUAUUUAACCAGGUAAGCCAGUUGACAUUUACAACUGCGACCUGACCAAGAUAAAGUCAUAAUAAACCUACCAUUAAAAUUAUAGACUGAUCAUUUCUUUGUCAGUGGGCAAACAUACAAAAUCAGCAGGGGAUCAAAUACUUUUUUCCCUCACUGUAUCUACAAUACAAAAUGUUUAAUACCACUAUACAACAAUAUCACAAUGCGUAUGCAUGUGUCUAUACCUUUGUGUGUGUCUCUUCACAGUCCCCGUUGUUCCAUAAGGUGUAUUUUUACCUUGCAUCAGUUACCUGAUGUGGAAUAGAGUUCCAUGUAGUCGUGGCUCUAUGUAGUACUGUGCGCCUCCCAUAGUCUGUUCUGGACUUGGGGACUGUGAAGAGACCUCUGGUGGCAUGUCUUGUGGGGUAUGCAUGGGUGUCCGAGCUGUGUGCCAGUAUUCCAAACAGACAGCUCAGUACAUUCAGCUUGUCAACACCUCUUACAAAAACAAGCAGUGAUGAAGUCAAUCUCUCUUCCACUCUAAGCCAGGAGAGACUGACAUGCACGUCAUUAAUGUUAGCUGUUCGUGUACUUUUAAGUGCCAGCCAUGCUGCCCUGUUCUGAGCCAACUGCAUUUUCACCAAGUCUCUCUUUGUGGCACCUGACCACACUACUGAACAGUAGUCUAGGUGCGACAAAACUAGGGCCUGUAGGACCUGCCUUGUUGAUAGUGUUGUUAAGAAGGCAGAGCAGCGCUUAAUUAUGGACAUACUUCUCCCCAUCUUAGCUACUGUUGUAUCAAUAUGCUUUGACCAUGACAGUUUACAAUCCAGGGUUACUCCAAGCAGUUUAGUCACCUCAAUUUGCUCAAUUUCCACAUUAUUCAUUACGAGAUGUAGUUUAGGUUUAGGGUUUAGUGAAUGAUUUGACUUUUUGGAAAUAAUGCUUUUAGUUUUGGAAAUAUUUAAGACUAACUUAUUCCUCGCCACCCAUUCCGAAACUAACUGCAACUCUUUGUUAAGUGUUGCAGUCAUUUCAGUUGCUGUAGUAGCUGACGUGUUUAGUGUUGAGUCAUCCGCAUACAUAGACACACUGGCUUUACUCAAAGCCAGUGGCAUGUCGUUAGUAAAGAUGGAAAAAAGAAAGGGGCCUAGACAGCUGCCCUGGGGAAUUCCUGAUUCUACCUGGAUUAGGUUUGAGAGGCUUCCAUUAAAGAACACCCUCUGUGUUCUGUUAGACAAGUAACUCUUUAUCCACAUUAUAGCAGGGGGUGUAAAGCCAUAACACAUACGUUUUUCCAGCAGCAGAAUAUGAUCGAUAAUGUCAAAAGCCGCACUGAAGUCUAACAAAACAGCCCCCACAAUCAUUUUAUCAUCAAUUUCUCUCAGCCAAUCAUCAGUCAUUUGUGUAAGUGCUGUGCUUGUUGAAUGUACUUCUCUAUAAGCAUGCUGAAAGUUUGUUGUCAAUUUGUUUACUGUAAAAUAGCAUUGUAUCUGCUCAAACACCAUUUUCCCCAAUAGUUUACUAAGGGUUGGUAACAGGCUAAUUGGUUGGCUAUUUGAGCCAGUAAAGGGGGCUUUACUAUUCUUAGGUAGCGGAAUGACUUUUGCUUCCCUCCAAGCCUGGGGGCACACACAUUCUAGUAGGCUUAAAUUGAAAAUAUGGCAAAUAGGAGUGGCAAUAUCGUCCGCUAUUAUCCUCAGUAAUUAUCCAUCCAAGUUGUCAGACCCCGGUGGCUUGUCAUUGUAAAUAGACAACAAUUAUUUUUUCACCUCUUACACACUCACUUUACGGAAUUCAAAAUUACAAUGCUUGUCUUUCAUAGUUUGGUAAAAAAUACUUGGAUGUGUAGUGUCAGAAAUUGUUGCUGGCAUGUCAUGCCUAAGUUUGCUAAUCUUGCCAAUGAAAAAAUUAUUAAAGUAGUUGGCAAUAUCAGUUGGUUUUGUGAUGAAUGAGCCGUCUGAUUCAAUGAAUGAUGGAGCUGAGUUUGCCUUUUUUUCCAAAAUUUCAUUUAAGGUGCUCCAAAGCUUUUUACUAUAAUUCUUUGUCAUUUAUCCUUGUUUCAUAGUGUUGUUUCUUCUUCUUUUUAUUCAGUUCAGUCACAUGAUUUCACAAUUUGCAAUAUGUUUGCCAACCGGUUGUGCAGUCAGACUUAUUUGCCAUUCCUUUUGCCUCGUCCCUCUCAACCAUACAAUCUUUAAAUUCCUCAUCAAUCCACGGGGAUUUAACCGUUUUUACAGUCAUUUUCUUAAUGAGUGCAUGCUUAUUAGUAACUGGAAUAAGCAAUUUCCUCAACUGUGGGAAGCAUUGGAGUCAGCAUGGGCCAGCAUCCCUGUGGAACGCUUUUGACACCUUGUAGAGUCCAUGCCCAACAAAUUGAGGCUGUUCAGAGGGCAAAAGGGGGUGCAACUCAAUAUUAGGAAGGUGUUCCUAAUGUUUUGUACACUCUGGAUAAGAGCGUCGGCUAACUGACUAAAAUGUAAAUGUAUUUGUAGAUGUUUGUGUGUCUGGGUUGCAAUGCGUGAGACAAGGGUGUCACAAGGAUCAUGCCUGUGUGUGUGUGUUUUGUUCAAGACGCAGUGUGUUUGUAGACAUUUACCUAUGCAUGUCUGUGAGACUGUCACACGCAUUUGUGUGUGUGUGGUAGAGGAGAGGGAACUGAGAGUGCUGAUUCAGGGCCGUGCUGACGGAGGUAGAACUUUUUUUUUCUCCCUCUUUCUCUCCUUCCUCUCUCUAUUUCUCACUCUCCCUUCCGUCUCUCUCUCUCUCUCUCUCUCUCUCUCCUCUCUCUCUCUCUCUCUCUCUCUCUCUCUCUCUCGCUCUCUCUCUCAGCAGGAGAUGGCAAUGCCAAAAUGUCCAAUGUCUACAUCAACAACAGUCAUGGGGUGGACGAUGAUGACUUCUACGACAGAAACCUGGCUCUCUUUGAGGUUAGAGCAUCAAUCAAUAAAUAAAUCAACACUUUCAAGUGUUUGAUGCACUCUGUUUUUAUGAAUAUCUCAUCAUGUCUUUAUCUCUCCUCUUUUGGCUCUCUCUGCCCUCCCCCUCUCGCUAUUCCUCUUUCUCUCCCCCCUCCUCCUGCAGGAGGAGAUGGACACUAGGCCGAAGGUAUCUUCGCUCCUCAACCGUCUGGCCAACUACACCAACCUGACCCAGGGGGCCAGGGAGCACGAGGAGGCAGAGAGCAUUGGAGAGAAGAGGAAGGCCUACAAGGUACACACCACUCUGACCCCUUUUAUUCCUGGGAUGGUACUUUGACCCCUGGCAGUAAUAUCUAAACGCUGUGAUUCCCAUGAUGCUUUUAGGUUGUACUUUUGACUCCCUUGUUACUAACUGACGAUUGCACUGACUUACAGCACCUUACAUAUACUGUAGAAGAGAAUAGACCCAGGGAUGUAAAAUGUCUGACCGUUUAUAAGAUAACCUAAUAUAAUCACACCUUGCACAUCAUAAAUAUGGUCAGGAGAUUUUAUUCUUUGGAAAAUGCUUUGCUACGGUGUUCACUAAUGAACAGGACCCUCAUAUCUAAUGCUAUGUCUGUCUCCCAGUCUCCUCAGAUGGGUAAGUUCAUGGGGGUGUACCUGCCCUGUCUGCAGAACAUAUUUGUGUUACGUUGUGCACUAAUGAACACUAACCUUCCUAUUCUCCUAUGUGUGUCUCCCAGUCUCCCCAGAUGGGUACGUUCAUGGGGGUGUACCUGCCCUGUCUGCAGAACAUAUUCGGGGUGAUCUUGUUCCUGCGUCUCACCUGGGUGGUGGGAACUGCCGGGGUGCUGCAGGCCCUCUGCAUCGUCUUCAUAUGCUGCUGCUGCGUGAGGAUAACACACACACACACACACACACACACACACACUCACAGACACUUGCAGACACACACACACACACACACACACACACACACAGUUUAUUUGAAUCCACCAAUCACAUUACAGUCGAGAAGGAUUCAAACAUUUCAUAGGUCAUGGAUAUAUGGACACUUAUGGAUACAGGAAGCACCUUCUUCAUUGACGAUGGCAGUUACAACGGGUGGGCUUAAGUUAUGUUAGUAGAUUGCCAUGUUUUGGCACAGAGCUGCAGCACUCAUGGCUACUCCCGGCGAACACACACGGACAGAUACAGAUGGAGACACACACAUAUACUCAUUUAGCAGACACUCUUAUCCAGAGCGACUUAGUCAGACACACACAGAAAGUGUUUUAAGAUAAGAGAACAGGAAGGAGAUCAUUGAAACAGGCCUGUUAUGAGCAGUGCCCUGUAGAUGGCGAUUAGCAAGUAUCUUUAUAUAUACAGCUACUGCUCCUCUCUCAUUCCACAGACUUUACUGACUGCUAUCUCAAUGAGUGCCAUCGCCACCAAUGGAGUUGUACCAGGUAUUCCCUCCAUCUCUCUCUCUCUUGUUGUCAUCCAAGUGUAUGUUUAAUCAUGUUUGUUAGGGUUUUAAAAUGUCUGGUUACUUACUCCAGAAUUCCCAGGUUUUCAGGACUUUUGGGAAAGUUAUCUGAAUUUUGCAACUCUGUCUCAGUGAUGUAUGUGUCAGACCUGGGUUCAAAUACUAUUUGAAAUCUUUAAAAAAUACUUUUAGCUUUUGGUGUGUAGUCUGGCAGUUUUAUGACUAUUCUAUCGCUUCCAUUGCUCCAGGCAAGAUAAAGAAAAAAUAUUUGAAAUCAUUUCAAAUUAUAUUUGAACCCAGGUCGGGUUUGUCUGUGUUCGUUCUAACGUCUGAUCUGUCUCUGCCUCUCCCCUCUCUGACUGUACACAUUGAAACAUAGUGUCCUCCCCCAUCAAUACCAUUCACCUCUAGUAAAACCAUAGAAAUAGAACAAGUAAUGAAACACACAUAAUAAAUUAAUAAUGAAUAAUACAAUCUUUCUAAUUCUGAGUGAAACAACACUCACACUGGAAAUAUCCCAAAUGUCAAAGUUGUCGUUGAACAAUUCUAACAUAUUCUUUUGAUAUUUGAAUAUGAAGAAAAUCAAUUUCAGUUGAUUUGAACGAUUACAUCUGACAACAUUGUAGUUAGCAUCAGUAACAUGCACUAAGUCCUUACAAAAUCCAUGCUUCUUCUCUCUGCAAAGCUACAUUUCUUCCAUUGAUCUCCCUCAUCUAUGGGCCCUGGUCAAAAGUAGUGCACUAUAUAGGGAAUAGGAUGCCAUUUGGGACUCAACCUUUGCUCAUUGCUACAGUCUUAGUGUGUUGUCUCUCAUCAUCAUAAUACUGUACUGUUCUACUCUCUUCCAUGCUCUUUCUCCUUCUCUCCCUUUUUGUCUUCCGUAACGCCCAUAAUGAUACUAACACCCAUCCCAUUACUUCUCUCCCUCCCUCCCACCCCCUCCUUCUCCAUCCCUCUCUCUUUACUUCUCUCCCUCCCACCCCCUCCUUCUCUAUCCGUCUCUUCUCUCCCUCCCACCCCCUCCCUCUCCAUCACUCUCUCUUUACUUCUCUCCCUCCCACCCCCUCCUUCUCCAUCCCUCUUUUCUCUCUCUUCCCCCCUCCUCCCCCACCCCUUCCCCUUCUCUGUCUCUUCUCUCUCCCUCCCCCCAUCUUGCGUUCCCCCUCUUCUCUCCUCUCCAGCAGGCGGUUCCUACUUCAUGAUCAGUCGUUCUCUAGGGGCCAGAGUUUGGGGGGGCGGUGGGGCUGUGCUUCUACCUGGGCACCACUUUCGCCGGGGCCAUGUACAUCCUGGGAGCCAUCGAGAUCCUGCUGGUGGGUGGGAGAGCCUUCGUUGCCCCCUCCUCUUCCUCACCAUCAUUAUAACCAUCAUUAUCAUCAUCAUUAUAAUGUCAUUAUCAUCAUCAUUAUAAUGUCAUUAUCAUCAUCAUUAUAACCAUCAUUAUCAUCAUUAUAACCAUCAUUAUAACCGCCAUCAAAUGUCUCUGAUAUUCAUUAUCAUCGUUAUUGUAUGUUCAUGUUGACUGUAUACAGUGCAUUCGGAAAGUAUUCAGACCCCUUGACUUUUUCCACAUUUUGUUAGGUUUCAGCCUUAUUCUAAAGUUGAUUAAAUUGUUUUUUCCCCUCAUUAAUCUCCACACAAUACCCCAUAAUGACAAAGCAAAAACAGGUUUUUAGAAUUUUUGGCAAAUGAAUUAAAAAUAAACAACAGAAAUAUAUUUACAUAAGUAUUCAGACCCUUUACUCAGUACUUUGUUGAAGCACCUUUGGCAGCGAUUACAGCCUCAAGUCUUCUUGAGUAUGACGCUACAAGCUUGGCACACCUGUAUUUGGGGAGUUUCUCCCAUUCUUCUCUGCAGAUCCUCUCAAGCUAUGUCAGGUUGGAUGGGGAGUGUCGCUGCACAGCUAUUUUCAGGUCUCCAGAGAUGUUCGAUUGGGUUCAAGUCCGGGCUCUGGCUGGGCCGCUCAAGAACAUUCAGAGACUUGUCCCGAAGCCACUCCUGUGUUGUCUUGGCUGUGUGCUUCGGGUUGUUGUCCUGUUGGAAGGUGAACCUUCGCCUCAGUCUGAGGUCCUGAGUGCUCUGGAGCAGGUUUUCAUCAAGGAUCUCUCUAUACUUUGCUCCGUUCAUCUUUCCCUCGAUCCUGACUAGUCUCCCAGUCCCUGCCGCUGAAAAACAUCCCCACAGCAUGAUGCUGCCACCACCAUGCCUAACCAUAGGGAUGGUGCCAGGUUUCCUCCAGACGUGACGCUUGGCAUUCAGGCUAAAGAGUUCAAUUUGGUUUCUUCAGACCAGAGAAUCUUGUUUCUCAUGGUCUGAGAGUCCUUUAGGUGCCUUUUGGCAAACUCCAAGCGGGCUGUCAUGUGCCUUUUAAUGAGGAGUGGCUUCUGUCUGGCCACGCUACCAUAAAGGCCUGAUUGGUGGAGUGCUGCAGAGAUGGUUGUCCUUCUGGAAGGUUCUCCCAUCUCCACAGAGGAACUCUGGAGCUCUGUCAGAGUGACCAUCGGGUUCUUGGUCACCUCCCUGACCAGGCCCCUUCUCCCCAAUUGCUCAGGUUGGCCAGGCGGCCAACACUACGAAGAGUCUUGGUGGUUCCAAACUUCUUCCAUUUAAGAAUGAUGGAGGCCACUGUGUUCUUGGGGAUCUUCAAUGCUGCAGAAAUGAUUUAGUACCCUUCCCCAGAUCUGUGCCUCGACACAAUCCUGUCUGGGAGCUCUACGGACAAUUCCUUCGACCUCAUGGCUUGGUUUUUGCUCUGACAUGCACUGUCAACUGUGGGACUUUAUAUACACAGGUGUGUGCCUUUCCAAAUCAUGUCCAGUCAAUUGAAUUUACCACAGGUGGACUCCAAUCAAGUUGUCGAAACAUCUCUAGGAUGAUCAAUGGAAACAGGAUGCACCUGAGCUCAAUUUCGAGUCUCAUAGCAAAGGGUCUGAAUACUUAUGUAAAUGAGGUAUUUCAGUUUUUAAUUUUUAAUACAUUUGCAAAAAUGUCAUUAUGGGGUAUUGUGUGUAGAUUGAUGAGGAAAGCAAUCAAUUUAAUCUACUUUAGAAUAAAGCUGUAACGUAACAAAAUGUGGAAAAAGUCAAGGGGUCUGAAUACUUUCCCAAUGCACUGUAAGUGUUCACAUUACACGGACAGUUUUGUCAGCAUGGGCAUUCAUAUAUACCAUAUGUAUCUCCGGCAUCUACUCCCCCUCACCAAUCCAUAUAUAUUGUUUGAUUUUGAGUGUAUGUUAUCUUAACCCCCCUCCCCCCUUCUCCCCCCCCCUCCCAGAUGUACAUCGCCCCAUGGGCGGCCAUCUUUGUCUCCAGCGGUCCGGACGGUGAGGGAGCAGCCAUGUUGAACAACAUGAGGGUCUACGGCACCAUCUUCCUCCUCCUCAUGGCGUUACUGGUCUUUGUCGGCGUCAAAUAUGUCAACAAGCUGGCGUCUGUCUUCCUGGCCUGUGUUAUCAUCUCAAUCCUGUCCAUCUACACCGGAGCGCUGGUCUCUGCCUUCAGCCCACCCAGUUUCCCGUGAGUUCCUCCUUUGUGAUGGUAGAACGGUUUGAUUGACAGAUUCAUGGUAUUAUCAGAGUUGAUUAUGGGUUCCAUUUUAGUCUCAAAGAAAUAAGAAACUAAUCUGAUGUGUUUCCAUUGACAUGCCUGAUUACACUUUCAUCGGCAGUAACACCAGGGAGAAACCUGAGAACGUUGUAACCACUCUCAUUGAAACAUACACGUACCCUUAUUGACCCAUUGUAUCUGUCAAGAAUUUCACACCACCCUUACUGCCAAACACUUAAACUUGACUGAUGCCCUAAUCGACCAAUCUGUUCACUGUCGUCUCUGUGAUUGACCAAUCCCGUGCUCUAAUCCUCUCCUCCUCCCUCCUCCUCAGGGUGUGUAUGCUGGGUAACCGUACCCUGUCAGGACACAUCCUCCAUGAUAGUCCCUGUGCCAAGACCACCCUGCCCAAAGAACCACCCAGACCUGUGGAUACCAACCUUACACUCGCAGGUAAGACCAUCAAUAUUACCUUUCAAUUUGAAAAAAUGCCAUAGUCAAUUAUAAUGAGAAACAUUUUUAUGUGCUAAUGUUAACCCUCAGUUCUCUCUCGGUCGAUUCUGUUUGGCAUCUCACUAUGGGACACGCCCACUUGCGGGUCAUUUGCUGAAGCCUUAAUCAAUCACGCCUAACAGGCCAAUCAAGACUUUGAAGGUGUUAGAUCUGCCUGCCAUUCUAACACUGUUAGAAUUCCUCAUUCUCCACCUCUUUACUCGCUUGUUCAUUAUCGUCCCUAAUAUCAACUAAUCAACCAAUUAUUCUCCUAGGAAACGGCACGGUGCCCUCAACCUUUGAUCCCUCCCUGCCCUCCUCUGAGGCGACCACGGCCCUGUGGCUGCAGUUCUGUGAAGGCCCAGACCUCAACGCUUCCUGUGACAACUACUUUACCCUCAGCAACAUCUCUGAGAUACCUGGCAUACCAGGCCUGGCCAGUGGAGUUAUCACAGGUACAUUCUCUGUCUCUCUCUCUUUCUCUCGCUCUCUCUCUGUCUCUGUCUCUCUCUCUAAUACUUUGUGUUCUCCCCAUAGAGAACAUAUGGAGUGUUUACCUCAGUAAAGGGGACGUCCUGGAGAAAGGGUCACUCCCCUCGCCCAGACCCCGCCCACCCACCCACCAAUCGGCUGCCCUAUGUCUUCGCUGACAUCACCACCUCCUUCACGCUGUUGGUGGGAAUCUUCUUCCCCUCAGUCACAGGUAUUUUCCCUCCUCUUUUUGUCUCUCCUGAUCCCAAUACCUCCCUACCCUCUUGGACCUCUUGAUGUUUAUAUCGGUAUAAGCCGUGCAGCGGUGGAGCUCCCACCAUAAUGUGUACAGCUCUGCAGAAACAGAGGGGAGGGGUAGGGAGGGAUUUGGGACAGGCUGUCCCAGCUGUAAAAUUAUUUGUGGCUUCAUACACCAACCCUGUUGUGACACAAGUCUCUCUCUCUUUCUCUCUCUCUCUCUUUCUCUCUCUCCCGCAUCACUAUAUUCCUUCCACUUCUCCCCUCUCCAGGUAUAAUGGCUGGUUCUAACCGGUCUGGGGACCUGAAAGAUGCUCAGCGAUCCAUCCCCAUAGGAACCAUCAUGGCCAUCCUCACUACGUCCCUCGUCUGUAUCCUUCACUAUGGACAAUAAAGCUUUCAGAUUUCGAAUUGAGAAUAUCUAUCUGGUUGUGUCCGAAUUGACACCCUAUUACCUACAUAGUGCACUACAUUUGACUAGGGCUCUUGUCAAAAGUAGUUCAGUGUUUAGGGGGACAUUUCAGACACAACCUAGAACAAAGCUUUUGUAUUUUGAAUUGAAAAUAUGUCACAUCUAAACUCUGUCCUAAUCUUAGAAUUAGAAUGAUUCUAGUUACACACACCUGCAUACUGCUUAGUGUGUGGUAAUGGGUUGAUAUUGGGACAGAGUUCAGGACUCUGUUGUGUUGUGGUUUAGGUGUGAUGUGACUAGUGGGUUACUUACCUGAGUGGCCUGGACAGACCUGAGCAGUGUGGUGCUGUUUGGAGCCUGCAUCGAAGGAGUGGUGCUCAGAGACAAGUUAGUAUAUUGUUGUCUGUUUGUGUGUGUUUCAGGGUGAGGUUCAUUUAAAUUCAGUCAAUUUAGGAAGUAAACUGAAAUUGAUGUGUGUCUUGGCCUUCUUAGGACAAAUUCUGUGGUCACACUAACUGACCUGUCUGUCUGUCUGAAGGUUUGGAGACUCAGUGAAGUCACACUAACUGACCUGUCUGUCUGUCUGAUGGUUUGGAGACUCCGUGAAGUCACACUAACUGACCUGUCUGUCUGAUGGUUUGGAGACUCCGUGAAGUCACACUAACUGACCUGUCUGUCUGAUGGUUUGGAGACUCCGUGAAGUCACACUAACUGACCUGUCUGUCUGUCUGUAGGUUUGGAGACUCAGUGAAGUCACACUAACUGACCUGUCUGUCUGUCUGAAGGUUUGGAGACUCCGUGAAGUCACACUAACUGACCUGUCUGUCUGUCUGAUGGUUUGGAGACUCAGUGAAGUCACACUAACUGACCUGUCUGUCUGAUGGUUUGGAGACUCAGUGAAGUCACACUAACUGACCUGUCUGUCUGAUGGUUUGGAGACUCAGUGAAGUCACACUAACUGACCUGUCUGUCUGUCUGAUGGUUUGGAGACUCAGUGAAGUCACACUAACUGACCUGUCUGUCUGAUGGUUUGGAGACUCAGUGAAGUCACACUAACUGACCUGUCUGUCUGAUGGUUUGGAGACUCAGUGAAGUCACACUAACUGACCUGUCUGUCUGUCUGAAGGUUUGGAGACUCAGUGAAGUCACACUAACUGACCUGUCUGUCUGUCUGUAGGUUUGGAGACUCGGUGAAGGGAAACCUGGUGGUGGGAACCCUGUCUUGGCCCUCCCCCUGGGUCAUUGUGAUUGGCUCCUUCUUCUCGACGUGCGGCGCUGGCCUCCAAUCACUGACGGGCGCUCCCCGCCUCCUCCAGGCCAUCGCCAAGGACAACAUCAUCCCCUUCCUCAGGGUGAGAUAUACUACAACACUCGUUUAUCUAUCUCCUUUCUCUCUCUCUCUCUCUCUGAUGUUAUAAUGUUCUCUCUGUCCAGGUUUUUGGUCAUGGCAAGGCAAAUGGAGAGCCUACCUGGGCUCUGCUCCUGACAGCUCUGAUCGCUGAGCUGGGAAUCCUCAUUGCUUCUCUGGACCUGGUGGCACCCAUCCUCUCCAUGUGAGUGUGUGUUUCUUGGAGAGAGAGCGAGAAAGUGUGUGUGUGUGUGCAUGAGAGUGAUUGUGCGUUUGUCUGAGUGUAUGGAUAAUGAUCCAGUGGAGCCUGAGUCCCACAUCUCCCUCUCUCUGUAGGUUCUUCCUGAUGUGCUAUCUGUUUGUCAACCUGGCCUGUGCUCUGCAGACGCUCCUGAGAACUCCCAACUGGAGACCACGCUUCUCCUACUACCACUGGUAUGCAUACGCAUCAGUGGAGGCUGGUGGGAGGAGCUAUAGGAGGAUGGGCUCAUUGUAAAGACUGGAAUGGAAUCAAAGGAACAGUAUCAAACAUAAAAUAUAUGGAAACCACGUUCCAUCCAUUCCAUUCCAGCCAUUACAAUGAGCCCGUCCUACAGCUCCUCCCACCAGUCUCCUCUGUCACACACAUUCUAUAUACUUUAUGUACGCAUCUCAUUUUUAUGAAUGGAGAAGGACUUUUCAAGUGUGAUUGACUAUUUUCUAUUUCUCUCUUUCUCAAGUGCGAUCAGGGCUUGACAUUACCUUUUUUGUUGUCAAAAAUGGUCUGUAACACCGAUCAAUGUAUGAUGCAAGGAACCCCUUUACAAAAUAAAAUGCAUUAGUAUCUUUUUUUACCAUAGAGAAUCAGACAAAAAUAUUGGCUUCUCUGCAUAUUAAAGUAUUUCUCAAAAUACAACACUGCCCCUUUAAGGCUCUCCUGGAGGAUGAUUGGCCACCCUUGGUAGCCUAUAAAAUAUUACAACAUUACAAUUACAAUUGAUCCCAUUCUGAUCGGAGUAAUUGUUUUGAUAUUGCGAUAUUAUAGUUUUUUUGACUUGUCCAUUCAGACAACUUGAAUCUAUAUUCUUCUUGUUCGACAAUUUUAUUUUUACUUGUCCUAUUUAUUUAUUUUACUCGUCCCGGACAAGCAUUAAUGUUGAGCCCUGCGUGAUGAUUGAUUAUCUUCUCUCUCUCUGUCUCUCUCUCUCUGUCUGUCUCUCUCUCUCUAGGACCUUGUCAUUUUUGGGUAUGAUCAUCUGCUUGGCGCUGAUGUUCAUAUCGUCAUGGUACUAUGCUAUUGUUGCUAUAGUGAUUGCUGGCAUGAUCUACAAAUACAUCGAGUACCACGGGUAGGUUUCCAUGGGGACCUGCUGGAACCAGCCAGUUGUAUCGGUGUGUGUGUGUUUCAGAUUUUGUGGUGUGUGUGUGGGCUUGUGUGAAUGGAGGUCACAGAAAUCCAAAAAUAUAUUUUGUGAAGGAAGAUGAAUAUAUUUAGACAAAGUGUGGGUGUAUGAGUUGUCUAAUAAUGUGUGUGUGUGUGUGACCCUGCGUGUGUUUCAGGGCAGAGAAGGAGUGGGGAGAUGGUAUCCGGGGUCUGUCCCUCAGCGCUGCUCGCUACGCCCUCUUGAGGUUGGAAGAGGGACCACCACACACCAAGAACUGGAGGUAUAGUAGACACAACCACACACACACACACACACAGCCACACACACACACACACACAGCCACACACACAACCUCAUACACACACACACACACACACACACAUACAGCCAUCUAUACACACCAAGAACUGGAGGUAAAGUAUAGCAGUAUACCGUUAACAGCGACACGCACACACACACACACUCAUGCACAACCACUCAUGUAUACACACCCAAUCUCACGCCUUUACAAUCUCACUCUCUCUCUCUCUCUCCCUCCUCCAGACCCCAGCUCUUAGUUCUAUUGAAGUUAGAUGAGGAUGCCUAUGUCAAGUCUCCCCGCCUGCUAACCUUUGCAUCUCAGCUGAAGGCAGGUAAAGGUCUGACCAUCGUAGGGACCGUCAUCACUGGAAACUACCUCCACAGCUAUGGAGAGGCACUGGCUGCAGAACAGGUCGGUCUCUCUUUUCUCUCUGUCUCGCUCUCUUGGUGCAUUUCUCCAGAACUGUUUCAAAAAUACCUCUUCUAACUUCCUCCCCUCAUCUCUCCCCUCUUCUUCUCCCCCCUCUCUUUUACCCUCUUUCAUGCUUCUAAUUUUGUCUUUCUCUUUCAGACUCACCUGAUGGAUAAGGUGAAGGAUCUGUAGGUGUAUCGUGUUAUAACAACUAUUUAUCUCUCUCUCUCGCUCCAUCCCUCCCCUCUCUCUCUCUCUCUCAUCUCUCUCUCUCCAUCCCUCCCCCCUCUCUCUCUCUCCAUUCCCUCUCUCGCUCUCAUCCCUCCCCCCUCUCUCUCUCUCUCUCUCCAUCCCUCCCCCCUCUCUCUCUCUCUCUCCAUUCUCCUCCUCUCUCUCUCUCCUCCCCCCCUCUCUCUCGCUCAUCUCUCCCUCUCACCUCUCUCCCUCCUCUCCUCUCUCUCUCUCUCCAUCCCUCCUCUCUCCUCUCUCUCUCUCCUCUCCAUCUCCUCCUCUCUCUCCUUCCAUCCCUCCCGUCCCUCUCUCUCUCUCUCUCUCUCCCUUCUCCCCUCCCUCUCCCCCUCUCCUCUCUCCUCUCUCCUCUCUCUCUCUCUCCUCUCUCCGAUGCCUGCGUCCUCUCCUGCUCAUCCCUCCUCUCUCUCUCGUCUGCUCUCUCCUCUCUCUCUCUCUCGCUCUCUCUCUAUAUAUCUCUCUCCCUCCCCUCCCUCCUGUAGACUCUGAAGCACCAGAUGGACAAGGAGAAGGUGAAAGGGUUCUGUCAGUGUAUUGUGGCUAACAAAGCCAGGGAGGGCAUCAGUCACAUGAUCCAGUCCAGUGGGUUAGGAGGAAUGAGGCACAACACUGUGGUUAUGGGCUGGCCCCUGGCCUGGAGGCAGAGUGAGGAUCCACAGUCCUGGAAGACCUUUAUCAGUGAGUACAGUACAGGAGAGGAGAGGAGAGGAGAGGUGUGUGUGUGUGUGUGUGCUUGCUUUCUCAUCAGGCAUCACGGCAAAAGCCAUGAGGCAAGGGGAAAUCAAGAGGAAUCAUUGAAUGGUACCAUUACUGCCAUCUGUUUGUCAAGCAAGGCAACUGGCCCUUUGAAUUUGACUACCUGCUAUCUAACUUUGAGCCAUUGCAGUUUGACUAAACAGUGCCCCCUCUCUCUCUCUGUGUGCGUGCGUCCUCCAGACACGGUGCGUGUGACGACAGCGGCUCACCUGGCCCUACUUGUGCCCAAGAACAUCUCUCUGUUCCCCGGCAACAGCGAGCCCUGCGCGGAGGGAUACAUUGAUGUGUGGUGGAUCGUCCACGACGGGGGCAUGCUCAUGCUACUGCCCUUCCUACUGAGGCAACACAAGGUCAGAUAAAGGAUGUGUUUGUGUCUACUACACUUUAAAUCUGACAUUUAGUCAUAUCAUUUAGUCCUAUCAUUUAGUCCUAUCAUUUAGUCAUAUUUAGUCAUAUCAUGCCAUCGUCCUCUCGUAGAGAGAAAGGUUGUGUACACCUGUAUGUGACUCAUGUUGUUGUGUUUCCAUCCCCAGGUGUGGCGUAAGUGUGCGAUGCGUAUCUUCACGGUGGCUCAGAUGGAGGAUAACUCUAUUCAGAUGAAGAAGGACCUGGCUACCUUCCUCUACCACCUCCGCAUAGAGGCUGACGUUGAAGUGGUGGAGAUGGUAGGUUUUUGCAUAGACCUAAUAAUAACUUGAGACCCACGCACAUUACUCAAACGUUCAUGUAAAAAUGCCGGAGCGUACUGUUGAUCAAGAAAUAUUUUUGUAUUUCGAUAUUGAUCGCCAGCUAAGAGCUAUAUGUUAGGCUUUGUUCAUUUGACCCAUGAGAAACUGUCUUUCUCUCCCCCUCCCCCUCUCCUCUCUCCUCUCUACCCCUCUCCUCUCUACCUCUCUCCCUCUCCUCUCUACCCCCUUAUUCUCUCCCCCCCUCUCCCCUCUCCUCCCUCCCCCCUCUCCCCUCUCCUCUCUACCCCCCUCUCCUCUCCUCUCUACCACCUAUUCUCUCCCCCUCUCCUCUCUCCCCUCUCUCCUCUCUACCCCCCUCUCCUCCCUCCCCCUCUCCUCUCUCCCCCUCCCCCCUCUGCUCUCUCUCCCCCUCUCCUCUCUCUCUCCCCUCUCUCCUCUCUACCCCCCCUCUCCUCUCUCCCCCUCUCCUGUCUCUCUCCCCUCUCUCCUCUCUACCCCCCUCUCCUCUCUCCCCCUCUCCUCUCUCUCUCCCCUCUCUCCUCUCCUCUCUAACCCCCCUCUCCUCUCUCUCUCCCCCUUCCUGUCCUCUCUCCCCUCAUCUCUCCGUCUUAGGCCCCCCUCGUCCUCUCUCCCCUCUCUCCUCUCUAUCCCCCCUCCCCCCUCUCCUCUGUCCCCCUCUCCUCUCUAACCCCCUCUCCUCUCCCCUCUCCUGUCUCUCUCUCCCUCUACCCCCUCUCCUCUCUCCCCUCUCUCCUCUCUCCCCCCCUCAGUCCUCUCUCCCCCUCUCCUCUCUCCCUCUCUCCUCUCUCCCCCUCUCCUCCUCCCUCUCCCCCUCUCCUCUCUCCCCCUCUCCUAUCUCCCCCUCUCCUCUCUACCCCCCGCGGUCCUCUCUCCCCCUCUCCGUAUCUCUCUCUCCCUCUCUCCUCUCUACCCCCCUCUCCUCUCUCCCCUUCUCCUCCCCUCCCCCCUCUCCUCUCUCUCUCUCCUCUCCUCUCUCUCUCCUCUCCUAGCAUAACAGUGACAUCUCAGCCUACACCUAUGAGAGGACUCUGAUGAUGGAGCAGAGGUCUCAGAUGCUCAGACAGAUGAGGCUGUCCAAGUCUGACCGAGAGAAAGAGGUGCGGAUGCCUCAACAAGUGUGUUUGUUUCAUAGUUCUGUUUCCAUAUGUGUGUGUGUGUGUGUGUGUGUGUGUGUCAGUGUGUGAGUGAAAGUUCAUCUUCACCUCAUCUGCCUAUCGUUGUGUUCCUUAGCGAGUUCGCUGGAGUUUAGAUGAAGUAAGUUUGCUGUCUGCUCAGUAGUAAUUGACUCCCAGCUGUCUCGUAGACUACGUAGUGCUAUCCUGCAGCCUACAUAUCUCUAGACAUAAGCUGUCCUGUGUUAGAGAGUGUGUAUCAGGGUCGUAUUCAAUAGGCACCGAACGGGAGAAAACGGACUGAAACAGGGAGGGGACGGCCUGAACUUGCCUAACAAGAAACACCCGUUUUUGUUUUCCAUUGCAAAACGUUUUGCUACGGUGUUCCUUAAUGAAUACCACCCUCUACUAGGGCUGGGUGAUAUGGCCUAAAAAACACAUCAUAUUUCUUUUCAAACUUAUGGCCGAUUCACGAUAUAUAUCUCGAUAUAUAAAAAAAAAAAAUUAUGACGUUUUCUCUAAAUAGUCUUUGUUGCACAAUUAAAGGACAAUACACAGCAUUUCAGACAGUCAGGAAUAAUCUAAUUAAUUUUGGGCUUAUAAAAUUAUACCUAAGCUAAAUAUAAGCCUUCCACAACCAUAAGACCCAUUCAUAAUUUAACUAUUUUAACUUGCUUUUUUGCAAUAAUCACUGAUCUGGCUUUCAAGUCUGUAUAUGAAAAUGCAACUUUUCUUACAAAAAUAACUAUGCACAUCCACUAAUAAUGGUAGCAGGGAUUAUAGAAAAUUAAUUCCAGUCUCAUAAACAAUCUCUCAAGCACAAGCCCAUGUGCUAGUGAGUAGCCAGCUAAUCUUUCUAUUUAAAGUCUAGCCAACUUGGAUCUAUUUGCUUGCUAACAAGGUAGAACAGUUGAACUGUUAUUAAUACACACUUCAGUCCGUCUCCAACAGUUUGAACAACAGCCUGUUCACUUUGUUUAGAUAUUUCAAUCAAGUAGCCUACCUUGAUAAGAUGCUUAUUUCUCAGAAUGAGAACGAGUUGCCAAUUCCUUAUAUAAAUGUGUAUUUUUAUGGUCAUUGCACAUUUCUAUAUAAAUGUGUAUUUUUAUGGUCAUUGCACAUUUCUUAACCACAGACUAGACAGCUAGCACAUAACAGUCUGUGGUUAAAAUGCCGAUAGCAGUAUAUGGUACUGCAAUGCUGCACGUGACAGAAAGUGAGCAUUCAUUUUCCACACUCAUGUUCAUUGAUCCUCUGGUUUUAGUAGGGUCUGCUCUGUUCUACAUUUUGGGAGUUGAGACAUAAAAAGGGUAUCGUUGGAAAGUUCUCGUCUAUUACAGUAAAAUAAUGUCUCAAAGCGUUUCGGUGUCCAUAUGACAGAUUCUGUUGGACCAAACCUCAAAUGCAAAUAGCGAGUUUAAACUGCUUGUUGUCAGAGAGGAAGAAGUGAUCUUUAAGUCUUUUGAGUGGCAGGGGGAGGGGAUUGGUGUCUGUGUGCAAGUGGGAAGGCACACAGCACAGAAGGAGGAGGGGCUUGGUGUCUGUGUGCGAGUGGGAAGGCGCACAGAAGGAGGAGGGGCUUGGUGUCUGUGUGCGAGUGGGAAGGCACACAGCACAGAAGGAGGAGGGGCUUGGUGUCUGUGUGCGAGUGGGAAGGCACACAGCACAGAAGGAGGAGGGGCUUGGUGUCUGUGUGCGAGUGGGAAGGUACACAGCACAGAAGGAGGAGGGGCUUGGUGUCUGUGUGCGAGUGGGAAGGUACACGGCACAGAAGGAGGAGGGGCUUGGUGUCUGUGUGCGAGUGGGAAGGUACACAGCACAGGAGGAGGAGGGGCUUGGUGUCUGUGUGCGAGUGGGAAGGUACACAGCACAGAAGGAGGAGGGGCUUGGUGUCUGUGUGCGAGUGGGAAGGUACACAGCACAGAAGGAGCGAAGGAGACGAGACCAAAAAGACAAAACGCUCAUAAAAACAUUAAAUAAAUUACCUUGAUUCAGGCAUUUGGAACAUCGCGUUAAAACAUAUAUUCAAAUGAAUUGGAUAUAUCGCCCAGCCCGACCCUGUACUCAGUGACUGUGUGUCUUUUGUAGGUGUCUUUUUCUCCCAGGUGUGCGAGAGAGAGAGUAUUUGUAAAUGUGUGUGUUACACAUUCUCUCCGUCAGGCCCAGUUAGUAAAGGACCGUAACUCCAUGCUUCGGCUAACCAGCAUUGGCUCUGACGAUGACGAAGACACCGACGGGGGUGGAGGCCCCACAGGAAAUGCCGAAAAGGGAGGAGGAGCAGCCGGAGGAAGGGAAAGGGAUGGAGGGAUGUCAGCCUCGGAGAACAGACGAGUCCACAUGACCUGGACCAAGGAGAAAGCCUUGCAGUACAGAGCGACACACUCCGGCUGCAGUACGCCAGAGGGCUUCAGAGACAUGCUCAGCAUCAGGCCGUAAGUCACACACACACACACGCAUGGACACACACACAUGCAUGCAUGGACACACACACACAUGAAUGGAGGUACACACACAAAUGGAUAUUGAUGAUUGUUGUUAUUAAUGAUGUCUUUCUCCCAGGGACCACUCCAACGUGCGGCGGAUGCACACGGCCGUCAAGCUCAACGAGGUCAUCGUCAACAAAUCCCAUGAUGCUCGGCUGGUCCUGCUCAACAUGCCGGGACCGCCACGGAACCCAGCCGGAGACGAAAACUGUAUCCUUCACUUCCUGUAUGUCUCUUCCUGUGUACCAGGGUUGGACUCAAUUCCAUUUCAAUCCAUUUCUUUUUCACCUCCUUAAUUGAGUGAAUUGAAAAUGAACCGAUAUCUGUGUGUUCUGUCAUAGCUAUAGAAGACAGUAGUAGUUGUGGUAGUUACAGUAUGAUGAUUUUUAUUGUUAUUGAGAACUUUUCCUAACAGUGGACCAGUCCUUAACCGAUGGUCAGAUAUGGAAUUUCUGGAAGUUCUAACUGAGGGAUUGGAACGUGUCCUAUUGGUCAGGGGUGGAGGAAGUGAAGUCAUCACCAUCUACUCCUGA